AUGGAGAACCCCAAACAUUACGAAAACCAAGCAGCAGCAGAAGAAGAAGGAAGAGGACAAAAGGAGGAAGAGGAAAAGGAACGGGAACGCACUCAAGAGGAUCCUUCAGCAUGCCCAGAGAAGAAGAAAGAUUCCGCCAAACUCAAGAGGAAGAAGUUGGGACUCUCCUGCAUACUCAACACAGAAGUUGGGGCUGUUCUAGCUGUGCUCCGGCGCAUACCCGAAUUGAACUCUUCCUAUAUGUAUCCCUCAGACGAUUACACCGACCCCGAAAUCAUACAUUCUCUCAAAUCCUUACGUGCCCUCAUCUUCAACCCCCAUCAAGAAUGGCGAAUGAUCGAUCCCUCAGUUUAUUUCUCCCCUUUCCUAGAAGUAAUUCAGGGCGACAAUGUUCAGUCCAGUGCGACGGCGGUCGCUCUCUCGGCUCUCCAUAAAAUCUUCAAGCUCGAUAUAUUUGAUGAGAAGACUCCAGGAGCCAAGGAGGCCGUCAAUUCGGUGGUGGCGGGGAUUUUGAACUGCCGCCUUGAAAAAUGUCAGCCGACUACGAGAGAUGAAAUUUUGAUGAGGAUCAUACAACUGUUGAAUGGACUGAUGCAUUCCCGCGCUUCAACUCUGCUUAGCGACCACUCGGUUUGCACCAUUGUUACUACCUACUUUCAGGUCGUGCAGCGCACGGCGGGCAGAGGAAAUUUACUCCAGAGAGAAGCAAGGUACGCGAUGCACGAACUAAUUCAAACCAUAUUUUCUCGGCUACCAGAGAUGGAGGUUAAGGAUGAGGAGAAUUCGGAAUCUGACACUGAAGAUGUUGACGUUGGAAGCAAUUUGGGUUCUGGGUAUGGAGUUCGUUGCGUAGUUGAUAUCUUUCACUUCUUGUGCUCUUUGCUUAAUGUAAUAGUGGAGACAGACGGGUCGAUGGCACCUACUGACGAAGAAGAUAUUCAGGUAUUUGCCAUGGUUUUGAUUAAUUCUGUGAUAGAGUUGAGCGGAGAUGGGAUCGCAAAGCAUCCAGCCCUCUUGAGGAUGAUCCAAGAUGAUCUAUUUCACCAUUUAAUCCACUACGGAACAAGUUCGAGCCCUCUCAUUCUGUCCAUGAUUUGCAGUAUUGUUUUAAAUGUCUAUCACUCUCUUCGCAGGUACAUCCGUCUUCAAUUGGAAGCUUUCUUUACAUUCGUGUUGUUUAGAAUCGCGGUCCCGGGAAGCUUGGUCCAAAUCCAAGAAAUUGCAGUUGAAGGAAUUAUAACUUUUUGUAGGCAGCCAACAUUUGCAAUUGAGACCUACAUAAACUAUGACUGUGAUCCAAUGUGCCAUAAUUUGUUUAAAGAGAUUGGAAAGUUGCUUUGCAAGUAUGCAUUUCCAACAGGCAUUCCUUUGACCAGUUUACAGAUCCAAGCCUUUGAAGGCCUGGUGGCCACCAUUCACAAUAUUGCUGAUGAUGUUGAGAAGGAAGAAAAAUCAAGCUCUUUUGGACCAUACCCAGUUGACAUUACCGAGUAUAGACCUAUCUGGGAAGAGAAAUCCAAAGAAGACAGUGAUUUAGGGACUUGGGUGGAUUUUGUACGCACAAGGAAGGCGCAGAAGAAGAAAAUGAUGAUUGCUGGGAACCAUUUCAAUCUAGAUGAGAAAAAAGGUUUGGAGUACCUAAAGAUUUCUCAUUUGGUCUCCGAUCCUGCUGAUCCAAAAGUCCUUGCCUUUUUCUUUCGCUACACUCCCAGGCUGGACAAGAAAAUGAUUGGGGAUUAUCUCGGUGAUCCUGCUGAGUUUAACAUUCAAGUUCUUAAAGAAUUUACAGGAACUUUUGAUUUCUCCGGAAUGAUUCUCGACAUUGCUCUUCGAAAUUUUCUGGAGACAUUUCGAUUGCCAGGAGAGUCCCAAAAGAUACAGAGGAUUUUGGAAGCUUUCUCGGAGAGAUUUUAUGAUCAACAACCCACUGAACUUUUUGCAAGCAAAGAUGCAAUGUUCAUUUUUUGUUACUCCCUUAUUAUGCUCAAUACUGAUCAACACAAUCCGCAAGUCAAGAAAAAGAUGACGGAAGAAGAUUUCAUCAGAAAUAAUAGAGCAAUUAAUGGGGGGAAGGAUCUUCCCAGAGAGUACCUCUCUGAACUCUUUCAGUCCAUCUCAAACAAUGCAAUUACACUCUUUACCCAAUCUGGUUUGCCUACAGAAAUGAAUCCAAAAAGAUGGAUUGAGCUUAUCAAUCGAUCCAAAGUCAUGCACCCUUUUAUCAUGUGUGAUUUCGAUCAUCUGUUGGGGAGAGAUAUGUUUGCUUCCAUUGCCGGUCCUUCAGUUGCAACUCUUUCUGCAGUCUUCGAGCAUGCUGAUGAUGAGGAAAUCCUUCAUGAGUGUAUAGAAGGUUUGUUCUCGGUGGCUCGUAUUGCCAAGUAUGGACUAGAAGACAUUCUUGACGAGGUCGUUUCCUUACUCUGCAAGUUCACCACACUUUUGAACCCUUAUGCCGCUGCAGAAGAGAUUCUCUAUGUCUUCAGCAAUGAUAUGAAGCCUAGAAUGGCGACCCUUGCAGUUUUUACCAUUGCAAACAAUUUCGAAAGCUCAAUCCGAGGGGGUUGGAGGAGCAUUGUGGAUUGCCUUCUGAAACUCAAGAGGCUAAAGUUGCUUCCUCAGUCUGUUGUUGAGCCCAACACAACGACAACCUCAUCAUCUGACCUCCACACACACACAAGAUCUGAAUCGGGCAUAAUUUUCCCGAAUCAUGACCCUAAAUUUGGCGGUAAGCGCCAAUCUUCCGGCAUGAUUGGGCAGUUUUCACACUUCCUCUCAAUGGAAAGCAUGGAAGACUCUUUAACCCUUGGAGGCAAUGAGUUUGAGCAAAAUCUCAAAAUCAUCCAACAAUGCCAAAUUGGGAACAUCUUUGCCAAGAGCUGCAACUUACCUGAUGAGACAUUGCAGAAUCUUGGCCGCUCUCUGAUAUUCGCGGCUGCUGGGAAAGGACAAAAAUUCAGCACGCCAAUUGAAGAAGAAGAAACUGUUGGGUUUUGCUGGGAUUUGAUAACAGCCAUUACUUUAGCCAACACUCAUCGAUUCUCGACAUUUUGGCCUUCUUAUCAUGAUUAUUUGCUUGCAGUUGCCCAGUUUCCUCUGUUUUCCCCUGUCCCAUUCGCAGAAAAGGCCAUUGUGGGAUUCUUCAAGGUUUGUGUCAAGCUUCUCUCUUUGAACCAGCCCAACAAAUUCUCAGAGGAGCUCAUCUUCAAGUCCAUAAAUCUAAUGUGGAAGCUCGAAAAAGAAAUUCUCGAUACAUGUUACGAGUUCAUCACGCAAUCAGUGAGCAAGAUUUUAACUGAGCAUCCCAAAAAUCUGCAAAGCCAACUCGGAUGGAAGUCGACCCUCCAUCUGUUAUCAAUCACUGGUCGGCACACGGAAACAUACGAUCAAGCAGUUGAGACCUUGAUCAAGUUGAUGUCUGAUGGGACCUAUGUUUCACGAGCAAAUUAUCCCUAUUACAUUGAUUGUGCUUUUGGCUUCGUUGCGCUCAAGAACAGUCCGCUGGAGAAGAACAUGAAGAUCCUAGACCUGAUGUCAGACACUGUCAAUUUGUUGAUUCAAUGGUCCAAAUGUGGGUUCUCGGAUCCAGGAAGCAGCACGAGUAACGUGAGCAGCUCCUCCACGGAGGACAGUUCAAGAGGUUUUGGCCUUUAUAAUCUUAUCGUGAAUUUGUUCGUGAAGUUAGGAGAAGCACUCAGAAAGACCAGCUUAGCCAGGCGAGAAGAAAUAAGAAACCAUGCAAUCUUAGCUCUUCAGAGAAGCUUCACGCUAGCUGAGGAGCUAUGUUUCACAUCAACCAACUGCAUCAACUGCUUUAACCUUGUCAUUUUUGCAAUGGUUGAUGAUCUACAUGAGAAGAUGUUGGAGUAUUCAAGAAGGGAAAAUUCAGAGAGGGAGAUGAGAAGCAUGGAAGGGACUCUGAAGAUUGCCAUGGAGCUCCUCACAGAUGUGUUCUUGCAGUUCUUGAGACCUAUAUCGGGGAGUCCCGGAUUUCGGACGUUCUGGUUGGGGGUGUUGAGAAGAAUGGAUACGUGCAUGAAGGCUGAUCUGGGUGAAUAUGGUGGCUCCAAAUUGCCGGAAUUAGUCCCAGACUGGCUGAGGAAGAUGAUCACAACAAUGAAGGAAAAGGAGAUUUUAACGCAGAUAGAAGGCGAGGAUCUAUGGGAAAUUACCAACAUUCAAAUACAGUGGAUAGCUCCUUCACUCAAAGAAGAGCUUUUCCCUGAAGAAAUAUAG